AUGUCGGAAUUCUACCCGACGUUGGCGCAGUGUGCCGUCGUCGCCGGUGCAUUCAAGAUCCUCCUGUUCCCUGCCUACAAGUCCACCGACUUCGAGGUCCACCGAAACUGGCUCGCCAUCACAAACACCCUCCCCGUGUCCGAGUGGUACUACGAAAAGACGUCGGAAUGGACCCUCGACUAUCCGCCCUUCUUCGCCUACUUCGAGUGGCUGCUCGCCCACGCGGCGCGACUCUUCGACCCGGCCAUGCUGCACGUGUACAACCUGAACCAUGAGAGCUGGCAGACGGUAUACUUUCAACGGGCCACGGUCAUCAUCACCGAGAUUGUCCUGGCCUAUGCCCUGCAGAUGUUCGUCGACACCACGCCGCUGCCCUCGAAACGCGCCGCGCAAGUCGCCGCCCUUUCCAUCUUCCUGUCGCCGGGCCUCCUGAUCAUCGACCACAUUCACUUUCAGUACAAUGGCUUCAUGUAUGGCAUCCUGGUGCUGUCGUUGGUCCUCGCUAGGUGCAGGUCGACGCUCCUGCAGAGCGGACUCGUCUUCGCUGCGCUGUUGUGCUUCAAGCACAUCUACCUCUACCUCGCGCCCGCAUACUUUGUCUUUCUCCUGCGGACCUAUUGCCUGUCGUCUCGAUCGAUAUUCCGCAUCAAGCUGCUCAACUGCAUCCAGCUGGGAGGUGGGAUCGCGCUCAUCUUUGGCGCCGCCUUUGGCCCCUUUGCGGCAAUGAAACAGAUUCCGCAGCUUUUGAGCCGCCUGUUUCCAUUUUCGCGCGGCCUUUGCCAUGCGUACUGGGCGCCUAAUAUCUGGGCACUUUACUCCCUUGCAGACCGCGUCUUGAUCCAUCUUGCGCCGAGGUUGGGUCUUGCCCUCAAGGAGGACGCGCUGCAUAGCGUUACACGCGGCUUGGUUGGCGACACGGCGUUUGCCGUACUGCCAGAGAUUGUGCCGCGCGUGUGCUUUGCCUUGACGCUGCUCUUCCAAGGGCUGCCUCUCAUCAAGCUAUUCGCGCAACCGACGUGGGAGAACUUUAUCGGGGCAGUCACUCUGUGUGGCUAUGCCUCAUUUCUCUUUGGCUGGCAUGUCCACGAAAAGGCCAUCCUGCUCGUCAUCAUUCCGUUUUCGCUCAUCGCGCUCCGCGACAGGCGACACCUGGGAGCGUUCCGCCCGUUGGCCGUGGCGGGGCAUGUGUCUCUUUUCCCCCUUCUUUUCACGCCGGCAGAAUUCCCCGUGAAGACGAUUUAUACCGUCUUCUGGCUGGUGUUGUUCCUGAUGGCAUUCGACCGUCUGGCUCCAGCAUCGAACAAGGCUCGAUUCUUCCUUUUGGACCGGUUCAGCACGCUGUACAUUGCCGUGAGCAUCCCACUCAUUGCCUACACGUCGCUGUUCCACCAGAUGAUAUUUGGAAAGAGCUACGAGUUCCUGCCACUGAUGUUCACGAGCUCGUAUGCGGCCGUGGGGGUCGUGGGCAGCUGGGUCGGAUACAUGGUGGUGUACUUUACUUCUUAG